UUUAGCAUGUCUGGGCGUGGCAAGCAGGGCGGGAAGGCUCGCGCCAAGGCUAAGACUCGCUCUUCCCGGGCUGGUCUUCAGUUCCCUGUGGGCCGUGUCCACCGGCUGCUCCGCAAGGGCAACUACUCCGAGCGCGUCGGCGCCGGUGCCCCGGUGUACCUGGCGGCGGUGCUGGAGUACCUGACCGCCGAAAUCCUGGAGCUGGCGGGAAACGCGGCCCGCGACAACAAGAAGACCCGCAUCAUCCCGCGCCACCUGCAGCUGGCCAUCCGCAACGACGAGGAGCUCAACAAGCUGCUGGGCAAAGUCACCAUUGCUCAAGGCGGGGUCCUACCCAACAUCCAAGCCGUGCUGCUUCCCAAGAAGACCGAGAGCCACCAUAAGGCUAAGGGCAAAUGAUGAGCUCUUGACUUCAUUCUAAAAA